AUGUUGGAGGCGGAGGGCCAGAGCCAUGGUUUUGAAGGCCGGAUUCCAAGCGGCAGCGGGGCCAACUCCGUUGGGCAAAUGCUGGAAGUACGGCCGGGGCUGUAUCUGGGUGGGGCGGCGGCGGUCGCGGAGCCGGACCACCUGAGAGAGGCCGGCAUCACCGCCGUGCUGACGGUGGACUCGGAACCAGGUUUCAAGGCGGGGGCCGGGUUCGAGGGUCUAUGGAGCCUGUUUGUGCCAGCGCUGGACAAGCCCGAGACCGACUUGCUUAGCCACCUGGAUCGCUGCGUGGCUUUCAUCGGCCAGGCCCGCGACGAGGGCCGCGCCGUGUUGGUGCACUGUCAUGCAGGAGUCAGUCGAAGUGUCGCUGUAGUGACUGCUUUCAUGAUGAAGACUGACAAACUUACCUUUGAAAAAGCCUAUGAAAACCUUCAGACUAUCAAACCAGAUGUUAAGAUGAAUGAAGGAUUUGAAUGGCAACUGAAAUUGUAUCAGGCAAUGGGAUAUGAAGUGGAUACCUCCAGUGCAGUUUAUAAGCAGUAUCGUUUACAAAAGGUUACAGAGAAGUAUCCAGAAUUGCAGAAUUUACCUCAAGAACUUUUUGCUGUUGACCCAACAACCAUUUCACAAGGAUCAAAAGAUGAAGUUCUCUACAAAUGUAGAAAGUGCAGGCGAUCUUUGUUUCGACGUUCUAGUAUUUUGGAUCAUAAUGAAGGAAGUGGGCCUAUAGCCUUUGCCCACAAGAGAAUGACACCAUCUUUCAUGCUUACCACAGGGAGUCAGGCUCAAUGUACAUCUUAUUUCAUUGAACCUGUACAGUGGAUGGAAUCUACUUUGUUGGGAGUGAUAGAUGGACAGCUGCUUUGUCCAAAAUGCAGUGCCAAGUUGGGUUCCUUCAAUUGGUAUGGUGAACAGUGCUCGUGUGGUAGAUGGAUAACACCUGCUUUUCAAAUACAUAAGAAUAGAGUGGAUGAAAUGAAAAUGCUGCCAGUUUUGGGAUCACAAACAAGAAAAUUAUGAACUUGUGAUGUUUGGUAGCUUGGAAAGAAGCCCGUUGAUGAUGUGGGCUACCCUGGCUUGUUAUUUAUUAUUCAUGACAAGAGUGUAGUUUUUAGGCCAACAUUUCAUUUGAAAUGUGACAGGAUAAAAUCAUUUGAUGUAACAUGGAAGUUAUGCUUUAUUAGUUUAAUACAUGAUGUAAAUAGAGUAUUUACGUGGCAAUCAAAAGCUUUUUAAUCAUGUACAUUUGAGUUGAUAUUAAAACCUUUUA